AUGGAAACUCUUGGCGUCAGUGUCUUCUAUUUGGAGCAAGUCUUUUUGGAAGAAGUCGAAGCUGCCAGUCAUGCCACAACUGGAACUCCACUCUCCAAAGACUCCAAAGUCUACGACAUUGAGGAUCUACGAGAUCCUCCUGGAGUCAUCCGCAACAAGGGAGCAGACACUGUUUGCCCCGUCGAUGGGAAAAUGGGUGCUGCCUAUAUCCAUUGUCUGGAACAAGGAGAGUACCAUGUUGGAGAGGCAACUCAAAUGCUCAGCUAUUCCUGGGACUACAUGAUUGGAGAUAUUGUGGAUACUCUAACAGACUUCUGUCUCCAAAACAACCUCAAUCCAAAGAGAACCUAUAUCUGGAUCUGCUGCCUCUGUGUCAAUCAGCACAGGGUUGUGCAAAAUACAACUCAGCAGAAAUCAGGAAUGAUUUCUGAUUCUACCCAACUUGACUUCUUUGCCAUUUUUGGAGAACGCGUCAAAAAGAUUGGUCAUUUGCUGGCCAUGAUGGCUCCCUGGAAAGCACCCAUCUACAUCACUCGAGUCUGGCGCAUUUUUGAAAUGUUUACAGCUCGCACUGUCGAGGGGUGCAAGGUGGACAUUGUCAUGCCACCCAAGGAGAGGCAGUAUCUAGAGCAGGAUGUGAUCAAUGAUGGACAAGGAAUUGAUGCUCUCUAUGAGGCUCUGGGCAACACCCAAGUUCAAAAUGCCAAGUCCUCGGUUGAGAGUGACAGGCUGGCCAUUCUGAACAAGGUAGAGUCAGAUGUCGGAUUCCAAGCACUCAACAAUGAAGUGAACAACUUGUUGCGGGGGUGGAUGCAGGGUGCACAUCGCUCAGUGAGAAUCACAGAGAAACCGCAGACAGUUACCGCAAUUUGUUCUGUUUUGAAUGAGAUGGGUGACUAUGAAGAUGCUUUGACAAAGCACAAGGAAGCUCUUGCUAUUAGACUGUCUGCAUUGGCAAAAUCAUCGAAUGCCCACUACAACAAAUUGGUUCUGUCUGAACAGUAUGGUGACCAUGAAGGUGCUUUGGCAAAGCACAAGGAAGCUCUUGCCAUUCAACUGUCAGCAUUGAGCAAGAAUCAUCCCGAUGUGGCAACCACAUACAAUGGUAUUGGUGUUGUUCUGGAAAGUAUGAGUGACUAUGACAGUGCUUUGGCAAGCACAAGGAAGCUCUUACCAUUCAACUGUCAGUGUUGA